AUGUCGAUGUACCCUUCGCGUUACGGAAAUAACAUCGAUUAUCACGAUGACCAGCCUUACACGAUAGAGAUAGAACUGCCAAGGCGCGAAGAUAAGAGUAGAUUUUACAAAAGCGGGUCUUAUCAUCGGAGUCACGAUCGCGGGAUUGUCCGUGAUUACGUCGAGGAUGAGGAUUACCUUGAUGACGACGGCGACGUGGAGUCCAGGGUGUUCCGCGCCGGGAAAAAGAAAGUACGAAUUAAAGUAAUAAAGGGUCAGAAGCCUAAAUUGCGCAUUAAGAUCUCGCGAUCCGACGACGAUCUCGAUAAUGAGGGGUCGAAUGUAACGAGCACCACCUCGUUAUCAGGGUCCGUUGUACCUACGAAAUUGGAGCAGCUCGAAGGACCUUCUGAAAGCGACUGGAUCCCAUUGAAUCCGUUUCCACCGUUUCCGGAACAUCUUCGAGGAGCCUGA